AUGUCAACUAAUGAAGAAACCAUUCCAAUUAAAUCUGAUUCUGAUCUUCCAUCAUUACGUAAUCCAGAAAUUCUUAUUUGUCAAAAAGAUCUUACUGCAUUAUCCUACUUAAAUGAACCUGAAGUUUUAUAUAAUCUUGAAUCUCGUUUUAAUAAAUCACAAAUCUAUACAAAAUGUGGUAUUGUAUUAGUUGCUAUAAAUCCAUAUGAAGUUUUAUCCAUAUAUGGAAAUGAUACAAUUCAAUUGUAUCGUGAUCAAGAUGUUCAAUUAUUAGAACCACAUAUAUUUGCAACAGCUGAAUUAUCAUAUCAAUCAAUGGUAAAUUUUUCAAGAAAUCAAUCGAUUAUUGUUUCCGAAGAAUCUGCAGCUGGAAAAACAGUUAGUGCAAAAUAUGCUAUGAGAUAUUUUGCUAAUGCUUUUGGAAAUGCUAAAACAAUACGUAAUGAUAAUUCAUUACGUUUUGGAAAAUAUAUUGAAAUUGGUUUUUUAAGAAAUCAUAUUUGUGGAGCAUCAAUGAAAACUUAUUUAUUAGAAAAAUCAAGAGUCAUUUAUCAAGCACAAGAUGAACGAAAUUAUCAUAUAUUUUAUCAAUUAUGUACACAAGCAAAUCAAUCUGAAAUGAAAUCUCUUGCAUUAUUACCAGCUAAUAAGUUUCGAUAUACAUCAGAAGGAAAUGCAAUCGUAAUUAAUGGUGUUAAUGAUGCUGAACAAUUUAUGGAAACACGCGAAGCACUUGCACUUCUUGGUAUUGAAAAUAAAGUUAAAAUAUCAAUAUUUCGUCUACUGUCGGCUAUACUUCAUUUGGGAAAUGUUAUUAUUAAUGAAGAUGAAAAUGACACAACAUUUGUUAAAGAAUCAGAUAAAUCAUUUUCAACAUUUUGUUCUCUUCUUAAAUUUGAUGAAAAUCGUAUGAGAACAUGGUUAUGUAAUAAAAGAAUUAAAACUGGUGUUGAAGUUGUCAAUACAACACUUAAUCUUAAUCAAGUAUGA